AUGUCUUCCAGAAUCACACGAUCAUCCGCCCGGCAAGCAGCCACAUCUUCAGAAUCACCGGCCGCUUCCUCUGCGACUGCAGUACCUGCAGCUGCUCCACCACCAAGUCGCUCUUCAGCCUCCUCCCGAAAGCGUAAAGCUACUGUGCGGGAAUCAAGUCCCGCUCUGGAACCUGAAUCCACAAAGGCAGCAACUCCAUCAAAGCGUCCAAAGCGCCAGAAGGUCUCAGAAUCCGAGGCUCCCACACCUGCUCCUGCUUCAGCAGCAUCUUCUCGUCGAAAGAACGCAAAAGCUCCUGCGGUUAUGUCUAGUCACAGGAAAGUCAAGAUCGAUUCGGAACAUGGUCCAGUGUCUAACAAUAUAUACAGUGAUUCUGCGGGUCCCUCCAACGAACCAUCAAAUGCGACUGCCAGUUCAUCCAGGCGCAAGUCUAACAGAAAUAAUAAGAAAGGUGGUCAAGAUGCCUCAACCAGCACUCCUAACGUGAGUAAGAAGUCGAAGAAAUCCGCCGCUGCCGAUAAGGAUGGAGAUACUGCAAUGAAUGAUGCAGAUGAGAAGCCACCACCACAUCCACUCGAUGACGAUGAAGUUAGUGAUGAGAUCGAUGAUGACGAGAUUCCCCGAGAUUACGACGGAGGUGAUGAUGAAGAUGACGAUCCAUUUGGUGGCUUUGGUGGACCUGGCGGACCGCCUCAUGGGUUAUCGAGCACUCUCCGAGCUUUGAGCGGCAUGAUGUCUGGUGUUUCCCCUCGAUUGCGCGAUAUUUUAUCACAGUUGAAGCAAAAAGAUGACCCUUCCAUACAAUUGAUAGCUUUACAAGAACUUUCCGAGCUACUACUGGUGUCUACAGAAGACAAUCUCUCUGGUCACUUCUCUCCGGAUGCCUUCGUCAAAGAAUUGGUCAUUUUGAUGCAACCUUCUGAUUUUGGUUUUGGAAUGGGAAAUCCUGAGAUGAUGCUCCUUGCCUGCCGAUGCAUUGCUAAUUUGAUGGAAGCUUUACCUGCCAGCACUGCAAACGUUGUCUACGGUGGUGCUGUUCCAGUUCUAUGCCAAAGGAUUCUAGAGUUCGAUUUUAUCGACUUAGCAGAACAAGCUUUAAGCACGUUAGAAAAGAUAUCUGUCGAAUAUCCAGCAUCAAUUGUUCGUGAGGGAGGAUUGACAGGUUGCCUGUUGAAUCUUGACUUCCACGAUACAAACGCCCAAAGAACUGCCGUCACCACUGCAGCAAACUGCUGCAGAAAUAUUCCCGAGGAUUCAUUCGAUGUAGUCAAAGAUGUUAUGCCCAAUUUACUAAACGUUUUCAGCUCCAACGAUCAGAAGGUCGUUGAGCAAGGUUCACUUUGUGUAACUCGAAUUGUAGAGAGCUUCAGAUACCAUUCAAAUAAGCUCGAGGAACUCGUCAGCACCGAUUUACUUCGUGCCAUUCUUCGUCUCUUACUUCCUGGAUCUACUAAUCUAAUUGGUGCUAAUAUACACACACAAUUCCUUCGUGUCCUGGCUUUUACGGCAAAGGCCAGUCCUAGUUUGUCCGCCGAACUUUUCAAGAUGAACGUUGUUGAAACAUUGUAUCAAAUAUUGACUGGUGUCUCUCCGCCUAGCGCCACAGAGGACGUAGCUUCAAAGCUCGACAGCGUUGUGAUCAUGCAAGCCUUGAUUCACAGACCUCGAGAGCAAGUUAUCGAGACCUUGAACGUUAUAUGCGAGCUUUUACCCGGAGUACCACGCGGUGGCAAUUCGAUGUUUGAUGACGAUAAUGAUAUCGAACCGCCAUCAGGAUCGUCCAAUACAUUAUCUGGUUCGAGAAAGAAGUCCGCGAAUGAGAUUCGUGUCGAACUCUUGGAGGGCUGUAAAGAAGAAGUCAAGAGAUUUGCAAUCAUUCUCUUUCCAACCUUAACAGAUGCUUUCUCUAGCACUGUUAAUUUACACGUCCGUCAAAAGGUUCUUAACGCUCAGCUCAGAAUGCUCUCCAAUCUUGACAAAGACAUCUUGAUGGACGCUCUGAGAUCAGUGCCUUAUGCAUCGUUUUUAGCUGCAAUUCUUUCACAGCAAGAUCACCCUAGCUUAGUCAUCUCCGCACUUCAAGCUACCGAACUUCUUCUCGUCCGCCUGGAAGACGUAUAUCGUUACCAGUUUUAUCGGGAAGGAGUGAUUGCUGAGAUUACUAAACUAGCCACUAUUGAUGAAACGAAGACCGAGAAUAAACCCCCGUCUACAGAAACAAAUGAGUCUAACCCCGCCUCCGCACAAGCUGAUGCAGAUCGCAAAAUCUCCGAAAGGGCAGGUCAGAAUGGAGGGGCAGGUCAGAAUGGAGAGGCAGGUAACGAAGACCACAACUCUUCUGACGAAGAUAAUGAAGACAAUCAGAAUAACGAAGACGAGAAUGCAAACGAACUCGGACACAACGAUGAUAUCCCAGAGGAUGCAACAGCUUCUCCGGUCAGCUCUCGUGGCUCUACAAUGUCAUUGGAUGGCCCUCACCGACAUGCACCGUCAGAUCUGAACAGUAUGAUGAACAUCAUUACCGUCCGUGCCCAGAAGUUCCUCGACGUUCAUGAGACCGAAAAGAACAGCAAGUCCAUGAAGAAGAAGGCGACCAAAAUCCUAUCGAGUCUACAAUCUCUGGCUUCGGAUAUCAAAAACUUCUAUUUGCGACAAGGCCCGGGUAACGGAGUUGAGCUUUUUAUAACACUUGCAUCCUAUUUCGAUGGCGAUGUCUUGCAAAGUGUUACAAGUGCCGAGUUGUUAAAUUCUGAAAUAGUCCAAGCUUUACUCGAAGUCUUCAAUAAUCCCGAUGAACAGCUGGCCAAUGAUGCUAGAUCUGCUUUCCUAGAAGUCUUCAUGGGUCACACUCUUGCUAAAAAGUCAAAUUCUGGAGCAGACUUGCCUGCAACCCCAUUUGGCCUUCUCAUCCAUAAAUUACAGGAUUUAUUGAGCCGAUCGGAGCAUUUUGAAGUAGUCACUGUCCAUUCAAACAGCUUUGAAGGUAACAGGAGUAGUGCCGCAUCAAUGCUUGCCAAACAAAUUCGCCUUAAGCUAGUAGCUGAUGAGGAUUCCGAUAUUCCAAGAUCUUAUCGAAACAUUAUGGUAUCUAUCCAUGCUAUUGCUACUUUCAAGGCUUUGGAUGAUUACCUUCGUCCCAGAAUUAGCUUGUCUGAUCGUCCUCGACCACCCAGAGCCAGAGAUGGACUCUCUGGCGCAUUAGCAGCUCUUGCCGCAGCUGGCUUGCCUAACCCGUAUGCUGGUAUCCCUAACGCCCAAGCACGUCUUGCUGCAGCUGCAGCCGCAGCCAAUCCAAAUGCAUCUACUCCUCGCACCUCUCGAAGAGCAAAAUCAAAGUCUGGUCCCGCUCCAACACCUGCAUCAGCCGACCAAUCGACAUCGAACACUCCAGUAGAGAAACCCUCUCGGCGUUCGACUCGACGUCAGCAAGCUCAGACCGAUCCACCACCGCCACCACCACCCAUGCAAGAAGAGGAUGCACUUGCUACUGCGCUCGAAUGUGCUGAUGAGAGACAGAUGAGUGAGGAUGACGAUCUGGAAGAUAGCGCUGCGUUAGACACUAUAGUCGGCGACUUAGAAGAAGAUAUGGAAGAGGAAUCCCCCGUCGAUCCUACGGCUGUGAAUCUUGAGGUAGCCGCAGGUGGAAAAGUUACAGCCCGUAAGGAGGAUGGCACAAGAGUCGCAACCCCAUCGCAAUCUGUGCCAAGCACUUCCCGCAGUAGCUCUGCACUUCAGACAGCCGCCGCUCAAGCGGCUUUGUCCACACCAACUACAUCGUCAAGACCUAUGUCUUAUGCAGCCGCAAUUCAAUCUGUUCCGUCAGAUUGGCACAUCGAAUUUAGCUUGGAUGACAAAGUCAUUGCUAAUGAUACCACAAUCUACCGCGCAGUUCAUACUAUGGCCAAUCCAGUGGAAGAUCCUUCAAAUCGAAGCAUUUGGUCUGCUAUCCACCCCAUCAAAUUCAAGCGUGUUGCGGGACCACCACCUCCAGAGCCAAGCUCUCUCUCUCGGGCAGCUGAAAUCAGCACAGAAACCACUGUAUCUGGAAUUCCUGCAUCUCUAGAUAAACAUCCUGCAACAUCUUCAAUCCUUCGAUUGCUCAACAUCUUACACGCGCUCAAUGCAAACCUAGAUGAUGUUGUGGCUGAUAAUAUCGAUGCCUUGAAAUUGAAUGCCGAGCCCUUGUCGCAAUUCGUGAACACCAAGCUCACUGCAAAGUUGAAUAGACAACUUGAAGAACCUCUCGUUGUUGCUAGCAAUUGUCUUCCAACUUGGAGCGAGGAUCUUGCUCGACUUUACCCGUUUUUGUUCCCUUUCGAGACCCGGCACCUAUUCCUACAAUCGACAUCUUUUGGCUAUGCCCGAUCAAUGACUAGAUGGCAGAAUGCUCAAUCUGCUGAUGAGUCCCGCCGAGAUCGUCAUCGUGAUGAGCGUCCUUUCCUCGGUAGGCUCCAACGCCAGAAGGUCCGGAUAUCCAGAUCAAAGAUUUUGGAGUCGGCCUUGAAAGUUAUGGAGCUUUAUGGUGCAUCUCAAAGUAUCCUAGAGGUCGAGUACUUCGAGGAGGUUGGAACUGGCCUCGGACCAACUCUUGAGUUCUAUUCCACCGUUUCGAAAGAAUUCUCCAAGAAGAAACUCAAGCUCUGGCGCGAGACUGAUGCCAAUGAUAUCGACGAGUAUGCAUUCGGUGCUCGUGGCCUUUUUCCAGCACCAAUGAGCGAAGAGCAAUCAUUGAAUGAGAACGGAAAGAGAAUCUUACAUCUAUUUAAAAUGCUCGGCAAGUUUGUUUCUAGGUCCAUGAUCGAUUCUCGUAUUAUUGACGUCUCCUUCAAUCCAACCUUUUUCCGAAUCGGUGAUGAGUCAACCCCUGUAACACCUUCUCUUGGCGCGGUCAAGACCGUCGAUCCUCAAUUGGCCAAAUCCCUCAAGAUGAUAAAGAAGUUUUCUGUUGCGAAGAAGGCUAUUGCCGAGGACUCGACUUUGACAGCUACACAGAAAGUCCUUGCAACAGAAGCAUUGGAAAUUGAUGGAGCUAAAAUUGAAGAUCUCAGUCUUGAUUUUACCCUUCCCGGAUACGCCAUCGAUCUUCUUCCUAAUGGCUCUCAUAUCUCUGUCACUGUUGAAAAUGUCGAUCUCUAUCUUGAGAAGGUUAUUGAUAUGACCUUGGGAAGUGGCGUUCAACGACAAGUCGAUGCCUUCCGUGCUGGUUUCACUCAAGUAUUCCCGUACUCUGCUUUAAGGACCUUUACCCCCGAUGAGUUGGUCAUGUUAUUUGGCAGAAUUGAAGAAGAUUGGUCUCUUGAGACUUUGACGGAUUCUAUUAAAGCAGAUCACGGAUUUCAUAUGGACAGCAAGAGUGUGAAGAACUUACUUCAAACAAUGAGUGAGCUUGGUCUGCCAGAUCGUCGGGAUUUCCUUCAGUUCACAACUGGAAGUCCAAAACUUCCUAUUGGUGGCUUCAAGAGUCUUACACCAAUGUUCACUGUGGUCUGCAAACCCAGUGAGCCACCCUACUCUUCUGACGACUAUCUACCAAGUGUCAUGACAUGUGUCAACUACCUUAAAUUGCCUGAUUACACUGAUCUAGAUGUCAUGCGACGACGUAUGAAUACUGCCAUCAAGGAAGGACAGGGAGCUUUCCAUUUGUCUUAA